AUGCACACAACCUCUCCUCCGAAGGACCUGGCCGAGUUUCUGCUUCUGGGAGCCCCUUCUCUGGGCUUAUCUAAGGCGUACUUUGCGAGCUCCGGAAGUGACGCCGUCGAGGCCGCCAUGAAGCUUGCUGUGGCAUUCCACCGCGCCAACAAAAGCCCUUAUAGAACACACUUCGUGUCUAGGGAGAGAUCAUACCAUGGAAACACCAUCGGGGCCAUGUGUCUAAGCGACAAUCCAGGCAGGACGAGGCCUUAUGAGAAAGCCUUCGACAGACUCGACGUGAGUUUCGUCAAGUCCGCGCUGGUAAACGAGGUCGAAGCCGAGUUUCGCAGGAUUGGGCGGCAGAAUAUCGCGGCUUUCGUGGCGGAGACUGUCGGAGGCUCAACGGCCGGAUGCAUCACUGCUCCUAAAGGCUAUUUCGAGGGCGUACGCCGUGUUUGUGACGAAUACGGAGUGCUCCUCAUUUUUGACGAGAUUAUGUGUGGAAGCGGCCGCACUGGAACCUAUUUUGCCUUCGAAUCUGAGGGCGCUGUCUGCCCCGAUAUUGUUGUUCUGGGGAAGGGACUCUCCGGAGGGUAUCUGUAUCGCGGCCGCCAACCGCAAAGCACAGUUUUUGCAAUAUGUGAUACGGAGGAGCGGCCGAUGUGCAGGACGCAAAAAAGCUCUGAUAGCAUCAUAAUCCUGCGAUUCUCGCUGGAACGCUGUAUCUUUGUCAGCAGGUCGCAACCCAUGCAGUACAGCUACCAAUUGACAGCCACAUGGAGCUCGUAG